AUGACGACGAGGGGGGGCCGAAACUGCUUCGCCUGCAGGCGCCAGCACCGCAGGUGCGGCUCCGAGUGCCCAUUGGCUCCCUUCUUCCCCCUCGACCAGCCCCAACGGUUCGAGAACGCCAGACGCCUCUUCGGCGUCAGCAACAUUCUCAAGAUCCUCUCCGGCAUCGAUCCUGCUCUGCAACCCGACGCCAUGCGCUCCAUCAUCUACGAGUCCGACUGUCGCGCCCACUUCCCCGUCGAAGGCUGCUUGGCCGUCAUCCGCCAUCUCUUGCACCAACUCCGCUGCGCAGAAAUAGAGCUCGCCUUCCUCACCAAUGAGAUCGCCCACCACCGCUCCCAAAUGGAGCACGUUGACUACAAUCAGCCAAGAAAAACCAGGUAA